AUGCGUUGCUAUGACAUCGCAGGGACAAUUAACAUAAAAGUCUCGACCACUAUAAUGGCCUUUUAUUGCUUGUAAGACUCUCGGACUCCUGCAUACACACAGCAUGACACGAACAGAGUGACCGAACGAACGCGUGAUUGGCACAGUGACCAUCAACUGUAGCACCGAGCCGCCAAUGCGCCCUCUACGCGAUGUUGAGCUCUUUCGUUCAGAAGUUUAUCGAUCAGUCUCCCCUGUCCUCGACUAAUGAUGGCCGUCCCUCCAAAGCCUCUCUCUUCCGGGAGCAAUUCAGACUCCCUGCGGGCCAGAACCCGUUGCACGAAAUUACCGCCGAACUCUUCCUUCCGCUGCCAUCGUCUUCGACAGGCGGACCGGUAACUUCUGGGGAGAAGUCGAGAGACACCGGAAACAGAUAUGUUGGGGAACUGCAUCUGAGUGAACAUUUUCUGUGCUUUUCUACCAUCCGGACGAGUUUCCUCCCAACUGCAAGUCACUCCUCCUCCACCUCCUUCACAGGCCCUACCCAGGGAGCAGGGCCUGGCGGUCAUGGAUUUACCCUACCACUCUGCUCGAUACGGCGAGUCGAAAGACUGAACAGCCAUCAAGACAAGUUCUGUCUUGCCUUGACUACCUUCGAGUCCAUACAGAAGCCUUUAGCCGAGAAGCCUAAAGCGCCACUACCCCCGCCCCGGAAACUCAUCCUCACCCUGGAUGGAAGCCGGACCGCCUGCGAGCGGUUCUGCGACGGGCUGAAGAAGGGUCUAAGAGAGGGAAUGAAAGAAGUUGACACUUUACGGGCUGUGGUAUCACAGUGCUACUCUGAGUAUCUGCUGGACCCUGCCCGAAUCAAAGCGAAAGAGGAUGGCACGCAGGCUCCGGAUCCGCCUGAUACUGGUCUGGGAAUGUUGUUCAGAUACCCAGGCGAUGCCAGGAAACUCAGAGAUAGGAGUAAGAUCAGACUAUGGGGCGAAUACCUGCGAGAGAAUGGUCGAAACGCAACCAUAGUUAGACAGCCUACCUUCCACAAACUGAUCCGAGUUGGUCUCCCAAACCGACUGAGAGGCGAGAUAUGGGAGAUAUCCUCAGGGUCGUUCUACACAAGACUACGAAAUCCUCACUUGUAUGAGAAGACCUUGACCAAAUUCACCGGCAAGGAAUCCCUGGCCAUCGAUGAGAUUGAGAAAGAUCUGAAUCGAAGUUUGCCAGAAUAUCCUGGUUUCCAGAGUGAAGAAGGGAUCGGCAGGUUGCGGCGGGUGCUGACGGCAUACAGCUGGACGAACGAAGAAGUCGGUUAUUGUCAGGCCAUGAAUAUAGUCGUGGCCGCUCUACUAAUCUACCAGUCCGAAGCCCAAGCGUUCUUCACGCUAGGCGCACUUUGCGAUCGCUUACUACCCGGAUACUAUUCGAAAGACAUGUACGGCACUCUGCUAGAUCAACGCGUUUUUGAAAACCUUGUUGAGCGGACGAUGCCCGUGUUAUGGGAGCACCUCGUCAAGUCGGACGUCAAUCUCUCCGUCGUAUCACUACCUUGGUUUUUGUCGCUGUAUAUAAACUCGAUGCCUCUUGUAUUUGCAUUCAGAGUCCUGGAUGUUUUUUUCCUGGAAGGUCCAAAAGUUCUGUUUCAGGUUGGACUGGCCAUUUUACGAAUCAACGGUGAAGAUUUGCUCGACGUCAACGAUGACGGCUCGUUCAUCUCAAUCUUGAAGAAUUACUUCUCAAGGCUCGACGAGUCAGCUCAUCCGCACUCUGAAAAUGAAAAGUUGAGAGCCAUCACAAAGUUUCAAGAAUUGAUGGUCACCGCUUUCAAAGAGUUUGCAGCCAUCACAAACGCCAGUGUGGAAGAGCUGCGGGGGAAGCACAUCGAAAGCGUCAAAGAAGGACUAGCUACCUUCGCCAAACGGACAUCUAUCAGGAACCUUGGUCCAGAGAGCAAGAAGCUCAGUGCUGACGAUCUCAGCUCUAUCUACGAUCGCUUCUUUGCGGUUCUGUCCGAGCGACAGGCUCGGGCAAAGGCGAGAGAAGAGGAACGACGGAAACAAGAGCAUCACAAGGUCCGACCGGGCGUUUGGGCCCAUCAUUCAUCGUACAACCAAGACGAACCAGGCCGUAAUGAGGCUCCCCUGCAGACCAUGGACUACGAUGCUUUUAGGGAGUUCCUUGCCCAUACUGCCAAAUGGGCGGCGAGCGACUCGCCUAGCAUGUCGGCAAAAGAUGUCGGCAGUCCCAGCAUGAGCCAACGGAACCGCAGCAAAACCUUUUCUCAAUGGGGCUCCGGUCCUGAACCAGCAGAUCACGACUUUAUGCAAAGAUUAUAUGGCAAAUGGGACGAAUCCCAGCAGGGCGCGAUGACCUUACAACAAUUAGUACGGGGUCUGGCUCAAUUCAAAGGUACUACCGAUAUCAUGAACUCGAUGAGCCUGUUCUUCGACCUCUUCGACGAUGAUUCCACAGGAAAAGUUGACCGAGAAGGCAUACUGAGAAUGUCUGAGUCCCUUCUCUUCCUAUCCCGUCGAGGCUUCGAUGGCACAAUCAUCCCCACCGAUUCGAGCGGUGUCAAUUCUCCUCUCUCCGCGAACGAACCAACCGGCGCACUGAAACAAAGUAUCAAUGAGAAGUUCCUCGGCAGCGUCAGCGCAUUUAUCAGGCGCUGUUUCGAAUACGCUGAUCCCGACGAGGCUGUAGAAGAGGCCAAGUCUACUCUCGAAAACAUAAGCGUCAACACGGCCGACCAAAAUGCCGAUGAUCUUCUCGACUUCGCCGAGGGGGACAUACACCACAAAACAAUCAUGUCUCCGCGCCCUACAGAAAAAGACCCCCUUUCCGAAAUCACACCUCCUGGCUCACCAUCGCCAGCCACUCUAGUAGCAGCGAAGGACAAACGUAUAAGCUCAGCAUCGCGCGCUGCGUCGCAUAAUCUCGCUCUCGACCCGAACAAGCCCUUGCAUAUUACGCUGCCGACAUUCCGUAUGGUGAUUCUUGCCGAUGAACUUCUCGAGCAGUUCUUCGAAACGUUCUUUCCUCAGUCAUUCCGCCUCUCGGACUCUCCCAGCGCCAGCACGAUUUCGUUACCGAGCAGUACUUUGUCCGGCAACCUGACGACGUUCAGCAACCUCGGCACGCCCGUGAAAAAUCUAAUCAACGGCGCAGGCGGCGGCUCUAACAGAACGGUCAUCGACGUCGGACGUGCCGGCGGAGUGGUUGAGCCUGGAUCUCGCGGUCUCAGAGGCGUACUUGACAAUAUCGUCAAUGACGGCAUGAGAAUGGCCGUGGAGAUGAGGAAGCGCAUGGACGAGGCGCAACGUGAGUUUGAACGCAACGCGCGCGAAGGGCAGCAGAAGGGGGCGUACAGAGAUGACGAGGAUGACGAUGACGAUCAAGAGGAAGGUGCUGAUCUAGGAAAACGCGAUCAGGAGUUGCUCGAGGGCGCCGAGGUCGCCAGUAUCAAGACAGAAGGACGGAGUAGGGCGCAAAGCACCAAUAGUACCAUCAACCCGUCUUCAGGUUUAGGAGAAGGAGUGAGUAUUUUGGAUGUGAGUUAAAAAUUCUGGAGGAUGAAACGGAUAUCGGCGAUGCUGGGAUUGCGAGAAUGCAGGUUACACAUUUUCAAGUAGCCACUCGUGAGCCUCGAGUCAGUCUCCCCAUACCAUAUGAAGGGGACGGCGGAAGGAAGAGACAAAGAUUCUCGAAUGGGAAAUAAAAGUGCAGAAGUUUACAGACAAGCCACCACCCGUGCUCACUAGGUAGAUACCGGGGCUGAUUGAAUGUACUACCGCUAUAUUAGGUAUAAAAUGAUGAAUUGAUGAUG